AUGCAGGUGGAAGAAUUGAAACACGCACUUUCACCUGGAUAUGACCUGAAUGUGGCUCAGUUCGAAGCCCUUUCGAAGGCUAAUGUGCCGAUACGAGCGCUUUUGGAGGGAUACAGCAAUAUUGAGCCGGAAAAGGUUCUGGCACAUGUGAAGGAUGUGAGGGAUCGGGCUUUCGCCGUGUACCCAUAUCCGUGCGUUGCGAAGUUCAUGUUCCUGGAACCAGCAAUUUCCACGCUACCCUGCUUCAAUGCCAUUGUGCAACGGGUCAAGGAGGGCCAGAAGUUAUUGGACAUGGGCUGCGCCUUUGGACAAGAACUUCGUCAAGUGGUAUAUCAUGGUGGACCCUCUGAGAACCUGUACGGCGUAGAUCUCCGCCUCGAUUUCAUCAACCUAGGAUUCGAGCUAUUUCAGGAUCGCUCGAGCCUGAAGUCCCAAUUUUUCGCAUCGAACCUGCUGGACAAUAAUUCAGAGGUGGUCGCGGAACUCACUGGGAAAAUCGAUAUUAUAUUUGCAUCGUUAUUCUUCCAUAUCUUCAGCUGGAACCAGCAGAUCACGAUUGCCAAGCAUGCGCUCCAGAUCCUUACGCCUCAACCAGGGUCAAUAAUCGUGGGACGGAAUGCCGCAUAUGUCAAGCGAAAGACGCCACCCUUGCCGGAGGAACGCACGACCCAGUCUUUCCAUCACGACCUUGAAAGUUGGAAUUUGCUUUGGGAGGUAGUUCAGAAAGAAACCGGCAUGAGACUGCGGGUGGAAACUUGGGAACAACCCGAUCAGGACUUGAAAGAUCAUCCACAACUGGGAGCAUAUAUGAUGUACUUCACCGUGACUCUAGAAUGA